UCACAGAGCGUCUUAUGUAUAUGCAUUGAUGUCCAUCAUAACAAGGAGAGCGCUCUUCACAUCAUCAUGGGGAUCAUCCCCUCGCGUAUUCUACUCCACUGCCACCGCUUCUGGUGGCUACUCACGCUCAGAGAUACUUUCCAUGAGGCAACAGUACCACGGACCCCUCACCACCCUUUACGAUGAACCUCUCGUCAUCACCAAAGGACACAUGCAAUACCUCUAUGACGACAGCAAUCGCAAGUAUCUCGAUCUCUUUGGUGGAAUAGUGACAGUCUCUGUGGGCCACUGCCACCCUCGCAUAACGGAGGUUAUACAGCGGCAGGCCUCGGAGCUCGUGCACACUUCACCAAUCUAUGCCCAUCCAGAGCCAACUCUAUACGCUAAGGAGUUGGUCGAACGCCUUCCCCCACGACCCGAUGGGAAGAGCUGGAAGGUCUACUUUGUCAACUCUGGAUCAGAGGCCAAUGACUUAGCCGUUAUGCUCGCGAGACUAUACACAGGACGAUGGCCCAUCAUAGCUCUUCGCAAUGGGUACCAUGGUAUGACCUCCGGUACCCAGGGUAUAACGGCAGUAGGCUUCUACAAGCAUCAAGUCCCCGCAGGCUUCGGGGUGGACCACUUGGCUGUUCCUAAAGUUUAUAACUCGAGGCUUGGUCCCAACGCUUCCGUGGAGGACAUCGUCACCUAUCAUCUCAAUGAUCUGGCCGACCACCUCGACUCCUGCAUCAGUGAUGGACAGGUGGCCGCCUAUAUUUCUGAGUCCACACAGGGAGUUGGAGGACUCAUCACCUUACCUCCAGGGUAUCUGAUAGGCGUCUACGAACGCAUCAGAGCUGCGGGAGGAAUCUGCAUUGCUGAUGAAGUUCAAACUGGCUUUGGUCGUACAGGAACCAACUUCUGGGGGUUUCAGAAUCACGGAGUUAUGCCGGACAUCGUUACUAUGGCUAAGAGCAUCGGCAAUGGUAUGCCUUUGGCAGCCGUCGCAGCACGCGAAGACGUUAUGAACGAGCUGGGAAGGAAAACUUUUUUCAAUACCUACGGUGGAGGGCUCGUGCAGACGGCAGUCGGGCGGGAAGUACUCAAAAUCAUCGAUGACGAGAAGUUGAUGGAGCACUGCCGACAUGUUGGUGAUCAUCUCUUGAGUUGCCUUGGGGAUCUCAAGGUGAAGCAUUCGUCAUUCAUUGGAGACAUUCGAGGGGCCGGUCUGCUGAUCGGCAUUGAGCACAUUGGUGAUUCUGCUGCCCGUGAUAUGAAAUGGGCGUGGAACCGCCUCAAGGAGAAGGGAUUCCUCAUUGGUGGUGCCGGCCCGCACGGAAACAUCUUCAGGAUAGCGCCUCCAAUGUGCAUCACUAAGAAAGAUGUCGACCACUUCUGCACUGCUUUGGAUGAGGUUUAUACGGAAGUCGCAACUCGACGAUGA